AUGAAUAAAAUUAAAUCAAUAUCAUAUUUUUUCUUACAAGCUCGUUCUUCAAAUUCAAAACAAUCAUCAAGUGAUGCAUAUAAUCAAUAUUAUGCACAGUCAAAUUAUAAUAUUUCAAAUGAAUAUCAAUAUAUUGGUUUACAUAUUCUUACAAGUGUUUUAGAAUUAGAAUUGGAAUCAGUACAAUUAUUACGAACUGUUGAUAAUAAACUUGUUGAAUUUGAAAUAUCAGAUCUAUUUAAGAAAGUUAUAUUUGGUGAAUGGGAUAAACGUUAUUCAGAAAUUGAAGUUACAACAUUGCAUGAAUUGAAUUGCUUCAUAUUUCAAUUUCAUCAACAACAACAAAUAUUGAAUUCGAUUGAUAAUCGUGUUAUUCGUCAUUUACCUGUUGUCUUAAGAAUUGUUAUGGUUUGGGAUACAAAUGAUACAGAUGUUGAUUUACAUGUCAUCGAACCGACAGGUGAAGAAUGUUAUUAUUCUCAUAAAAAUACAGCUAUUGGUGGUAUGAUAAGUCGGUAUUUUACACAAGGGUAUGGACCAGAAGAAUAUCUUGUUCGAAAGGCAGUCAAAGGUACAUAUAUAGUUCGAGCAAAAUAUUUUGCUAAUCAUCAACAAAGUCUAACUGGUGCAAUGAGAAUCAUGGUACAUAUUUAUAAAUAUUAUGGACAAUCAAAUCAACAAAAACAAAUUUUUACAUUACGAUUGAGUAGUAAUAAAGAAAUGAUCGAUGUAUACAAAGUGAACUUCAAUGAUGAUAUUCAACAAAUUUCAAACAAUAGAGUAACGAAUAAUCAAAAUUUAAAUACGAAUAUUCCUUUAUAUGUGGCGUGUGAUGGAUGUGAUAUGUCACCAAUAAAAGGAGAUCGUUACAAAUGUUUAUUUUGUCCCGAUAUUGAUUUUUGUCAAUUAUGCAAAUCUAUUAGUAGAACAAAUCAUAAUUCGACUCAUCAAUAUAAUCAUCCAUUGUUAUGUAUUAAAUAUUCCAGUGAAUAUCCAAAGUCAGUUUACAUAAGUAAUCGUAGUUAA